UGGUGAAAACAACAAAACACAGCGUUCUGCUGCACGAAAUUCAGAAUAUCUCCAGUUUUUCUGUUACGAUUAAAUCUAUACUCUACAGAUUCCUUCCAAAACUGCACGCUAAAUUUGCAUUGGCUUAUCGUGAUAAUUUUCCAGAUAGUAUUUCUCCCGUUUCGUGAUAAUUUUCCAGAUAGUAUUUCUCCCGUUUCGGCGCAAAUAUUUAUUUUUUCCUGCUAGACUGACAAUACUUGUUUACUGUUCACAGAUAAACAGUGCAGACGUGCACUCGUAUGGACGAUGGAUCCUCUUGACGAUUACGUUGAGAAGCCAAUGCUAGAGGCGGAAACAGUAGUAGAAGAGACUAUUCUUGAAGAAAUUCCAGUAGAACUUGAACCAAUCGAGACGGGACCGCCGCUCACAAGUGCCUUGAUUGGUCCAGAGAAAGCGAUUUAUAAGAACGUACUCAUGGUAUUCAGGUCAUUCUACCGAGGCCAGUACAGUGUGGCGAAUGUGAAAACCUGGACCGUGAGAAGUAACACACUGGAAGAGUUUCUGGAUUAUUUGUAUGAGUUGGCGCGACCAUAUAUGAAACGUGCGGUUGAGUUUCGAUCAGGUGAACCGUUUUGGAGUGAAAAGGAGGUUCCCACAAGAAAGGAUCUUCCAUUGUAUGUUACUUUCAAAGAUCGUAUACAAAAAAGGGUUUGGAGGGCGGAACAGCUGGAAGGCAAUAUGCUGCUAAAGUGGGGCCGUAAAACUAUCACUUUGAGGCUAUUCGUCCAUUCCAUCCGUAUUCAAUCCCGCGCAGAGUGGGAGACCGUUAAACUGAAGCUCUUUGAGGGCAAAACUGAAGUCAGCAGCAAUGAGAAGCGGACGGAACAGGAUAUGGCAGAAGAGCAAAAGCUGCAAGCGUUGGUUGAGCGCUUGAGAAAAAUUCACCAUGACAAACUUGCGCCUAUGAUGGAGGAUGCUUUCCAUGGGUGGGCUCGAUUGAUUUUGUUACAACCAACCCAAGCACAGGCGGAUCUUUGCUAUGGUGAACCCCCGGAUAGUCUGAAACAGAACUUCGUGGAAGUCAACAAGAAUGAGAAUCGGAAGCGAAUCAGGGUUUCUGGACCAGCCCAGCGAGAACAUGUUGCUGAUGGGUUCGGAUUCGAGGACGAAGUGCAGGCGCUCCGUCAAACUGUUACUCAAAUUAAAGAUUUAGUCGAGAUGUUGGACCGCCGGGUUGGUCUGUUAGAGGAAAAAUGUCACGGUUACAAGCAAACGGUUGUUGGAAUUUGGCCUACAAACAACCCGACGAGGUUUGAGGCUAAUGAAAAUAAGAACGAUGGAGAUGAAGCCCUGAUUGAUAUAGUACUGUCAGAGGACGCGACUGACGGAGUUCAAGGUGAGGGCAGCGGCAAUUCUGACCCUUUGAUAUUGGUUGGCAUGGGACAGCACGUGAAACAGGAAAUGGAAUGUGAAGAUGAUUAGUAUUUUAGUGGAAUGUGAUUAAUAGCAGCAUAUAAUGCAAUGGUUUUGACUAUCACAUUAUUUCGUGAUAGAGUUAUACUUACUUAAACGACAGUUAGAUAUUUAUUUUCAUAUGCUGAAUUAUUUUGAGAUUUUACUUGUAUUCUCUUUUCUUUUAUUUCAGUUCAACACAUUUCCAGUUUUUUUUUUGUAAUUGUUUUAUUUUUUUGAAAGUCAAACUCAAAUAUAUUUUUAUACAAAUACAUACUUUUUUUCCUCCUUAACCCUACGAUUAAUAAGAUAGAAACCGAUUAUUCGCGGUCGACUCGAAUUUAGAAGGUUGAUUUUUUUUUUCAUUAGGAAAAAGAGGAGAUAUAAGGACAUUGUAACAACGUUGAUGAUCUCAUUAAAUUCUUAUAUUUAUAAUGUAUUUACAUUUCAACUUAUUCUAUUGUUUGUGUGAAGGAAAUCGAUAACAAUGUUUUGGUAAUCUUACUUGCAAACAUAAUAGUCCCACUUAUAAAAUAUAAUAACUGAAUCAAAAAAAAAAAAUCUCAGGGCACAGGCACACACUGAUACAGUGGAACGUUAUUCCCUUUUGAAUUCCUCAUGAAGGUAUGUUUAGAGUUCCCGUGAACGUGAACGCGGACAAACACUUUUUUUUGUUAAUAAUUCAUCAGUCCA